GGAUCAUUCUCCGCUCCACCACGCGCUGGUCCACGUCCAUUCUCCACUAGGACUAGGGUUUUUGGAUUCGAUACAAAAUCAUCCUCAGGGAAAACCCGAAGUUCUGUUUUAUAGAAACAGAAGCUGCUUCUUGAUCAGAUCAACUUCUCAUCGUAGUGAAACAACCAAUUCAAUCUUUGAUUUAUAGCUCUGUUAGUUUCUCCGAUGGGAAGAGGAAAGUUCAAGGGCAAGCCCACUGGUCAGCGCCACUUCUCCACUCCUGAAGAGAUGCUUGCUGGCACUUCUUCGCGUCCUCGUACAUUUAAAAAGCAAGAAGCUGAAUACGAAGAGGAUCAACCUGAAGAAGAAUCUGGGGAGGAGUCUGAAGAAGAAUCUGAUGAUGAACCUGAUCAAAAGCGGAAGGGAACUCAAGGUAUUAUUCAGAUCGAAAAUCCUAAUAUGGCAAAGCCAAAGAAUGUGAAAGCUAGAGACAUUGAUAUUGGGAAAACAACAGAGCUUUCAAGGCGUGAAAGGGAAGAGUUAGAGAAACAAAGAGCUCAUGAGCGAUACAUGAGGCUGCAAGAACAAGGAAAAACAGAACAAGCCAGAAAAGACUUAGAGCGAUUGAGUCUCAUACGUCAGCAAAGGGCAGAAGCUGCUAGAAAGCGAGAAGAAGAAAAGGCUGCAAAAGAGCAGAAGAAGGCUGAAGCACGCAAAUGAUUUUCCGGAAAAAUGUCAUUCCAAACGAGCGGUGCCCCAUAAUAGAGAAUUUGGCAGUUGGUGCCCUUCAUGAUAGUAGAGAACGUGGUAGCUGGUUUAUAAUUGUUGCCCCUUUAGUCAUUCUGCGAAACUUGCAUUAUAGAUUGAUUAUGUUUUUGUCUUGAAAGCAAAUAGAUUUUCUGUCGUUUUUAGAAUCUUUAUCUUUUGAAGUACACAAAUUAAUUAAAAUCACAACUUUGAAGA